AUGACGGCUGCCAAGAGCCUUGAAUGUUUCUUCUUCACUGAGGGGCGCCAAACAAUGAAACCCACGAUGCGGACCGGAGAAGACGAGAGAGUGGCUGCGAGGAAAACACGGAACUACCCAGAGCAGUCCAACCCAGAAAAGGCCAGUGCAAAAAGGUGGCAAUUGCUGCGUUCCGUUUGCAAAGAACAGAAACAAGGUCUCAAUAAUGGGAAAGAAAGGGAAGAGGAAAAAAAUGCACACGGAGGGGAGCGUGUGUGGAAGCAAUUCCGAGAGCGGAUGUGCAAUCAAGUCAUGGUUGCUAGCUCAAUUGUGAAGGAAAGGCAAGGCAAGGCAAGGGCAAAAGGGAUGACGAGAUGA